CUUCGAAUCCACUGAAAUUCGUCCAAGUAGAAAAAAGAAAACCUUCAUAUCCUUUUAUGCCAUAAAAGCUAGUCACAAGCAAAAGCUGUGAAGUCUAAAUAUCAAAGGCAAAUAUAUAAGCCACCAAAUUAAAAGGCUUAGGCAUCAAAGACAUUGAUGGAAGCUAGUUUCUUCCUACUUUUCCUACUGUCUUUCUACUCAUUUAUACCCAAGAUUUCUAGUACAACAAAUGUAAUCACUACUAGUCAGUUCAUCACAGAUGGUGAAACUGUUGUUUCAUCUGGUGGAAACUUUGAGAUGGGAUUUUUCAGCCCAAAUGGUACCACGAAUCGAUAUAUUGGGAUAUGGUACAAGAAAAUACUUGCUCAUGUGCAAACAAUUGUAUGGGUUGCCAACAGAGACAAACCACUCACAAAUACAUCUUCAGUCGUUUUGAAGGUCACCAGGCCGGGGAUACUUGCUCUUCUCAAUGACAAGAAUGAAAGUAUAUGGUCCACUAACACCUCAAGAUCAGUCCAAAAUCCAGUUGCAAUGCUUUUAGAUUCGGGUAAUCUUGUUGUGAAAGGUGCAAAUGAUGGCAACGCGGAAAAUUUCCUCUGGCAGAGCUUCGAUUUUCCAACUGAUACGCACUUGCCUGAUAUGAAACUUGGCAAGAAUUUUAAGACUGGUCUUGAGGUUUACCUUUCAGCAUGGAAGAACGAUAACGAUCCAACUCCAGGGGAAUACACUCUUCACAUUGAUCCUACUGGAUAUCCACAGGGCAUCAUCAGACGUGGCACGAGGGAAUCAGCUCGAGCAGGACCAUGGAAUGGUUUACGGUGGAGUGGAGCACCGGCACCACUACAAACACAAAGCAGCAUAUAUACAUUUCAAUUUGUUUUCAAUGCAGAGGAGGUUUACUAUAGUUUUUCUCUCAUUAACAGCUCAGUGUUAUCAAGGCUAGUCCUGACUAACAAUGGUUUCAUACAACGUUUGACGUGGGUGGAUCGGACAAAGAGUUGGCAUCUUUACCUCAAUAUUCCUCUGGAUACUUGUGAUACAUAUAGCUUAUGUGGUGCCUAUGGGAGCUGUGUUAUAGAUAGUUCUCCUGUUUGUGGUUGUUUGGACAAGUUUGAACCUAAAUAUCCACAACAAUGGGAAAAAGGAGAUUGGUCAGAAGGUUGUGUUCGGAAGACACCUCUUGAUUGCAACAAGGAACAUGCAUUUCUAAAAUAUUCUGGAAUCAAGUUGCCUGAUACUAGCCACUCUCAGUACGAUAAAACCAUGACACUGGAAGGAUGUAGGCAAGUAUGCUCGAAGAACUGCUCUUGCACAGCUUAUUCGAGCCUCGAUAUAAGCAAUGGAGAUAAAGGCUGCUUGUUUUGGUCUAGGGAGUUGAUUGAUAUCAGAAAGCUCUCUGGAAGAGGACAAGACAUUUAUAUCAGGAUGGAUUCUUCAGAGCUAGUAUCUGAGGUAGGUUCAAAUAGAAAGAAGGCAGAGAUACUCGGAGUGAGUUUUUCAUUGAUGGCAAUGAUUCUGCUAGGCCUGAUUCUCUUGUACAUAUGGAAAAAGAAGAAGAAACAACAACUCGGAGAAGAUUUUGAGCUUCCGCAGUUUCAAUUGUCGAUAAUAACAAGAGCCACAAACAAUUUUUCAGUCAACAACAAGAUUGGAGAGGGUGGAUAUGGACCUGUUUAUAAGGGAGUGCUGGAAGAGGGACAGGAAAUUGCCGUGAAGAGACUCUCAAGGACAUCCAUGCAAGGACUUGAUGAAUUCAAGAACGAAGUUAUCUAUAUCGCCAAGCUUCAACAUAGAAAUCUCGUGAGACUUCUGGGUUGCUGCAUUCAAGGGGAAGAAAAGAUGUUGAUCUAUGAAUACAUGCCUAACAAAAGCCUGGACUCGUACAUAUUUGAUCAAACAAGCAAAAAAUUACUUGAUUGGUCAAACCGUUUCCAUAUCAUUAACGGAAUUGCUCGUGGUUUAUUAUAUCUUCAUCAAGAUUCUAGACUACGGAUUAUCCAUAGAGAUCUUAAAGCAAGCAAUGUUUUGCUAGAUAUAGAAAUGAAUCCAAAAAUAUCAGACUUUGGCAUGGCUCGAAGUGUUGCGGGAAAUGAGAUGGGAGCAAAAACAUGUCAUGUGGUUGGGACACAUGGUUACAUGUCCCCUGAAUAUGCAGUAGAUGGGAUCUUCUCAGUAAAAUCAGAUGUUUUUAGCUUUGGCGUAUUGGUGUUAGAGAUUGUGAGCUGCAAGAGAAAUAGAGGAUUUGUCCAUGAAGAUCACAACCUAAACCUUCUUGGUCACGCAUGGAAGCUUUACAAGGAAGAUAGGUCCUUGGAACUAAUUGAUGAGCAACUAGCUGAUUCUUGCCAUAUAUCUCAAGCUUUAAGGUCAAUUCAAGUGGGUCUAUUAUGUGUGCAACAACGUCCUGAUGAUAGACCAAACAUGUCUUCUGUGGUUCUGAUGUUGGGUAACGAAAGUUUACUGCCAGAAGCUAAAGAACCAGGAUUUUUCAUGGAAAGAAUGGUACAUGAUGCGUCAAGCUCAGGAUUGCAGACAGGAAGUUCAAAAAAUGACGUAACAAUCACAGUGUUAGAUCCUCGGUAGAGUACUGUGAACGAUGCAGCUGUAAAUAUGCAUGAGAAAUAAAUACAGGGAUAAAGAAAUUGAUUCUUUUAUAUGCAA